AUGGCAGAAGGAGCCAAGGCGCCCGGCAUUUUCCAGCUGGCGAAUCAAGAAUUUGAAGGCAAUGAGCAGGACAGCAAGAGCCCCAGCCCUUCAGGGGACAUGCUUCUGAGACCCCCGGAGGCCGGAACAUCUGAAGAAGCAUCCACAAGUCCCAAAGUCCAGGCGACAGAGUUACAGUCUAGUGAAGAUGCCGCUGAACCUCAGAACCAAUCUCUGGGGGCCGACCAGCCUGCAAGGCCCUCUUCCGAGCAGGUGGCAAUGGCACUGGGAGACAUGAAGCGUUUCAUGGAAGAGUUUGGUGUGGACCUGGCAACUGUGACUCAAGCUUUUCUGAAAACCAGUGGGGACGUGGCAGCAGUGGCCUGUUGUCUGCAGACUGGCCCGCAUCCAGAGGACUGUCCCCCUCUUUGGACCAGGCAGGAUGACCUAGACUUGCUGUCAGGUAACGAUCAUCUGAGAAGCAAGCUUAUCACCAAGUAUGGAGAGGAGAACUUGAACAGACGAUUGGCUUUCAGGAAGAAUUAG